UUAUCACGCAAAGAGUGACCCCGUUCUGGACUUUACUGGAUCCUGGGAUGAUUUUUCGAAAUGUGGAUGUCAGACAAAUGUCCCUAUGGAUCAUGGUACAAUUAUGAGAAAGAAAUGGAACAAGCAGAGAAAGAUUUUCCCGGCAUGAUAUUUACUUGCUAUUUCGAAGAAAUGAAAAAGGAUGAUACAGGAGAGAUACAGCGAUUGGCUAACUUCUUAGGGAUACCGUGCACCGAAAAGACCAUAGAAAAUAUUGCUGAAACAACAUCCUUUAAUCAUAUGCAGAAAAAUAAACUAGAUAUGACGGAAGUAAUUUCUGGAAAAGGCUUCAUAUAUAGAAAGGGGGAAAUAGGAGACUGGAAAAACCAUUUUACAGUAGCACAAAAUGAGCGGUUUGAUGUACAGUAUACAGAAAGAUUUAAGGACAGUUCAUACAAACUUUCAUUUGAACAAAAUAAUGGAUUACAAAACUCGAAGUUAUGAGAAAAUGGACUAAAACAAAUCUCACCAUACGAAGUAACAAAUGUAUUUUUGCUUUUUCCUCAACUCUGGUGUAUGUUCAUGAAUCAGUUGGUGGUACUCCUUAAUGCUUUAUAUUACACGAGCAAUGUCAUCUCCAAAUGAUGUGUUAUUUAACUGCUUCUGAAUCUAAAUUAUCAUUUCGAUGUAAUCGUUUGAAAAUCUAAAAAGAAUAAAACAUUCCUUUGUAAACAAAAUUACUAAACGAGUUAUCUUCCCUUAAAUGGCUGAGUUGAAAAAUUGAAUGUAAUCAUAACAAAUAUUUGAUAUUUGUUUAAACAGUCUAAAUAAUGCAAUAUAUCACUUAUUUUUCUUUAUUUAUAGAUAAACAGUCUUACUUGCCAAUCUAUUUUAAAAACAUGCAGGUUUAAGCAAAGAACUAAACCGAAUAUGCGACCGUGUGAGACCCUCAUGGGUAGUCAAGGUCGUUAAAAAACCCAUAGUAGUAGUAGACUGAUUGUGUACUAUUUAACAAUCCAAGAUGGCGGUAUACAGUUAAUCUACCUUAAAGGAAAUUACAUUUAAAAUGACAAGUCAUUGCUGAUAAAAAAUAUAUUAAGCAGAAAACAUACAAAUGUAAAUCUGUUUUAGGAGUAUUUAAGAAUUAAAAGCUUCUUGUAAUUUUAUAAGUGUAUAAAAGUGUCAAAAGAUUCAAGAAACCUUUUAGCUACUAAUAAGCAUAAGUAGUAAU